AUGCAUGUUGUUGCCAGUACCACGGCUUUUCUGGGCCUCAUUUCUAGUGUUGCCGGGGGACACCAUCGCAACAGAGACACCAGCCAGCCAAUCUUAAAGCCGCCCGUACCAGAACCUAUUGUUGUCACCGAGCUUCCUUUGCCUCCUGUCGCCGACAGUAAAGAGGGCUCUUGUACUCCGGAAGUCAGCCCUCACCGGACCGGAUGUCUGCUCAAAUCCUCCCAGAUCCAAAGUGGAAAUUUUCUUCCUGACAACAACCAUGUCCUUGUCAGCUUAAACUUCUCAGGGGCUCCAGCAGCGCCCGAUCCGGCUACCAUUUACAAUGGGACCCAUUUGACCCUGAUAAAGGCUGAUAGGACCAAGUUUCCCAGCGGUGACCCAUGGAAGUGCAUUACCUGCGGCGCGUUUCUGGACGGCAAGAGGGCGCUAAUCGGGACGAACAUCGUCGAUUGUGGCUCGGCGCUGCUCGCAAGUGCUGAGUGUACACCGGAUAAAGUGCAUAUCUACCCAAUCCGUUGGAAUGUCAAGGCAGAUGGCUCGGGGCCUGGGGGAGAUAUACGAGAAUUGCGUCUACAUCCGGAUAAUGUGCACUUAGGAUUCAACUCCUUCACCUUCUCCAAUGGCCAAUUAGGACAGUUUGGCUACUUUAGUCGACUGCAGUUUAACCCAUCGCCGAAGACAGGCGAACCUCGCUCGGCGCGAUACGAUCUGGUUAACGUUACCAGACUCUAUAGCCCGGACAACCCCCUGCCGAUCAGCGCAAAAGGUAACCAGCUAGUGGUUAACCGGUCAGCGAUUGCGGUCGGCGAGCUUCGCGGAUUCACCGGACGUGGUAAAGAAGUUACGUAUAUCGGCAACCCCAUCGAGUCGUGCAACAUCGACGUAUUCGCUGCCGAUCUCACAACCGGAAAGGUCCGUCGGAUCACAGAUCACCCCGAGUAUGUCGAUCCGAUGGAUGUCUCUCCCGACGACAAGUGGCAAGUCAUCCUCGAUACUCGAGGGACGGGCCGGCAGAUGUUCAUGGCCGGCAUGCGCGGCAUUCCACCGAUUAUCGACCUGAUCGCUACUACGGUCGCCUCCUCCACUCGCAACAAUGGCCCUCGGCGAUUUUUCCGGCCGUGGCUUCUGGACCACGAUGGGGACCGUGGAGACUACUACGGCCAGCAAAUCAACGGCGACGGCGAUGGCAGCCCGGGCAGCAUCAACGACCCCAAUUGGAACGCCGGGGCAGACCCCAAGUGGUCUCACGACGGCACACGCAUAGCCUACUUCGAGAACCUGGUUGUUGCACCUUCUUGUGGCGGACAGAAUCCUCUGCCAUGCCCUAACUCGACUGAACCAGGCGGUCGGGUCACCCGUCUGAUGCUUGCUCACCUUACCAGCCGUGAGCCGCUCGAUCUUGAGCCGGUUGCUCCCGUCUCCGAUGAAGUUCCCUGGGGUGUUCCAUAUGAGCCCGAGAGUGCGCUGCCAGACCGUCCGUUUCUAGCUGAGGGAAAUUACACCUUGAAGGGAGAGGUCUCCGGCUCGGCUUCUGUGUCAAUUAUUCAUGACAAGGCCAUCCCGGCAGCGAUCAAAACCAUCGCAGUCGCCUAUCGCAACUAUUCCGAUGAUGGGUUACAUUAUAUCGACGGCUCUGAAAGGUUCACCAGUACUGUCACAUCCAUGACGGUAAACAAGGUAGACUGGUUUUCCGACCUUACGUCUACCGGACAAGCCACCGGGAGCAAGAAGACUAGUCCUGGUGGGUUCCAUCUGGAAAUCGAUACCAUGACUAACAUAUUCAAUGCAAACGGAACCUUGACUACCGCCAUUGAUGGAAAGGUCUGGAAGCAGCCGGCGAAUGGGACUUGA